AUGCGUUGGAAUGAAGACCAUCUUCAAAUAUAUUUUGCACAUAGCAAGACUGAUCAGAGUGGAGAUAGACCGCGAGAUCCCAGGAACAUAUAUGCAAACCCCAUCAGCCCGGAGAUUUGCCCUAUUCUGGCCCUUGGAAUCUAUUUCUUGUGCUAUGUUCCAGACGAUCAAUGGUUAUUCCCAGGCCGAUCACAAUACAAACGAUUUAUGCAAAUGGAUACAGUUCAAAGGGCAGUGACGACCCAUUUGUUAUCCCUAGGUCUGCAACCGCAAGACAUAGGCAUUCACUCGAUACGAAAGGGGUCUGCGACAUUUUGUGCUUCUGGA